GGGAGAGGCCUCAAGGUUUCAUUGGUCGAAGGACUUCCGCCCACCAAUCAAAUGCCGAAUGAACGGUUGAUCUCUGAGAUUAAGGAGUCAAACGAAAUUAAAAUCUUUUUCCGUUGCGAUAAAGUUUACGAUUUACCGGAUAACGUACGCGUAAUACACUUUGAAUCCUCUUCACAAUCAACCUCUGGCCUAGCUAAUUAA